AGAAACGUGAUGAGGCUUCUUAUAGCUUAUGCAAGUAACUACUAAGUAACCGCUAACAGUAACACCUUCGAUUCAACUCAGUUAUGCCCACUUCCUCCACUCCGAGUCCAAGUCACUCCCUCAACUCACUCCCCGCCGUUCAUUUUAUCCCACCCCUGUAGAUCUGAUCUGGACCCUUCCCGGCGUCGCUGAUGUUGCUGCUCGUCGUUUCCACCGCUUUAACCGGUGCGUUGAAAUGGUUGCUUGUGUUGCUAUCUUGCAUGGUGUGGUUUGUGGUUGAUUAUGGUGCGUGUGGCAGAGCACUGCAGCUGGAAGCACCUUCUUUGUCUCCAGCUGCAGCACCUGUUGUUGCUGUUGAUGAUCUGCCACUGCCGACGAAUGCUCAUGGGUUAAAGCAUUUGCCUGCACCGAUUCCGUCACGCGCCAAUUUCACCAAAGGGAGAGGAGAAUUACAGCCCCCGGUUUCCGGGUUUAAGAAUAUUGCCCCUAUGCAUCCCAUUGCUGAUGCUAUUCCUUCUGCUCUCGCUCAGCCACCAUUGUCCCCUUAUGUUUCCGAUUGUUGCAAACAAGACAUGGUGUGGAAACGUGGCAGUGAGGUUUGCCACUGUGCUUAUCCCAUAAAGCUAGACCUACUUCUUUUGAAUGUCUCUGAAAACCCCGACCAGAAUGCUUUUCUCAAUGGUUUGGCCACCCAACUUGAGCUGCAGACUACCCAAAUUGAAAUUAUUAAAUUUUAUCUACUCAGCUUAUCGACGUUGAAUAUAUCAAUGGAUAUCACUCCACAUAAAGGGAUCAGUUUCUCGGCCGAGGAAGCAGCUAAAAUAAACUCAUUGCUUUUACUGCAUAAGGUUCAACUAGACCGCAGAUUUGUGGGCGACUACAAAGUAAUCAAUAUAACCUGGUUUAAACCUCCACCUCAUUCUCCAGCUCCUACAAUUUCUACAUCACCUAUGAAAGCUCCCCAGAGACGAGCACCUACAGCUACAUUGUCGAGUACUUCAGACAGGGGAAGGCGUUCAAACUUGCUUCUUAUUCUUGGAAUUGUCACUGGCAUACUCUUCAUUUCCAUUGUAUGUGUACUUAUACUUUGCUUAUGCACAAUGAGGCCAAAAACAAAAACACCUCCCACAGAAACUGAAAAGCCAAGGAUUGAAAGUGCAGUUUCUGCUGUUGGGUCUCUUCCCCACCCAACCAGUACCCGCUUUAUUGCUUAUGAAGAACUUAAAGAAGCAACAAAUAAUUUUGAACCAGCAAGUGUACUUGGAGAAGGAGGUUUUGGUAGAGUUUAUAAAGGUGUCUUAAAUGAUGGAACUGCUGUUGCAAUUAAGAGACUUACUAGUGGAGGGCAACAAGGUGAUAAAGAAUUUUUAGUUGAGGUUGAGAUGCUUAGCCGGUUGCAUCAUCGUAACCUUGUAAAACUAGUGGGAUACUAUAGCAACCGUGACUCAUCACAAAAUCUACUUUGCUACGAGCUUGUCCCAAAUGGAAGCUUGGAGGCCUGGCUUCAUGGUCCGCUGGGAAUAAAUUGCCCUUUGGAUUGGGACACUAGAAUGAAGAUCGCCCUUGAUGCUGCAAGAGGACUUGCAUACAUGCAUGAAGAUUCACAGCCCUGUGUAAUACACAGAGAUUUCAAGGCAUCUAACAUAUUGCUUGAAAACAACUUUCAUGCUAAAGUUGCAGAUUUUGGUCUAGCUAAACAGGCACCUGAAGGCAGAGCUAAUUAUCUAUCUACUAGAGUCAUGGGCACAUUUGGGUAUGUAGCGCCUGAAUAUGCUAUGACUGGACACCUGCUAGUUAAAAGCGAUGUUUAUAGCUACGGCGUUGUCUUGCUGGAACUGUUGAUCGGAAGGAAACCAGUGGAUAUGUCACAGCCAUCUGGACAAGAAAACCUUGUUACUUGGGCAAGGCCAAUUCUUAGAGAUAAGGACAGCUUGGAAGAACUUGCUGAUCCAAGGCUUGGGGGAAGGUACCCAAAGGAAGAUUUUGUACGUGUUUGCACUAUUGCUGCAGCCUGUGUUGCUCCUGAAGCAAGCCAACGACCUGCAAUGGGUGAAGUGGUACAAUCACUUAAAAUGGUGCAGCGGGUCACAGAAUCUCAUGAUCCUGUGUUAGCGUCAUCCAAUACACGGCCCAACCUGAGACAGUCCUCUACCACUUACGAUUCUGAUGGGACAUCUUCAAUGUUUUCUUCAGGUCCUUACUCUGGUCUAAGUACCUUUGACUAUCACAACAUUUCGAGAACGGCUGUUUUCUCUGAAGAUCUUCAUGAAGGACGAUGAAAGUACUUGGAAAGUAUGCACCCAAAGGUUUUUCCCACCAUAAUUUAGAGAAAUUUUCCUUCACAUAGCUGAAGGUGGAACCAUAACUGAAGGUGUUUUCUUGGUUACAGUGGGUAUUCUUCUGUGAUCGCUUUUGCCAUCCUCCUCGGUAAACCACCAUCCUUUCCCCCCCUAGGAGACAGUGUUUCCACGUGUGGAUGAAAUUUUGUAUAUAUAUGUAUUCUAGUUUGUUUUUCCAGAUUGGCUUCAAAAGCCUUUUUAAUUUAAUAUAUAUCUGCAUAGCUUCACUAUCAUCAUCAUAUUCAAGGACGGACAGUAUUGUUAACAGCCAAUGGCAAGUCGGGUUUCACUAUGAUUCCGCGAAAAGCCAACGCCCCUGUUGAUUUUUUUGGCUUAAAAAGAAGUGCAUAAUAUUGAUCCCAUGAAAGCUUGGGAGGAUCCGCGGAUUUUGAGUGAUGGCAUCAUUGGGGUUGCCUUUCUGCGUUAGCUGCGAUUUGUGUCUGUUGUUUGUUUACUUUCCACCGAGUAUAAAACAAGGGACACAUCAUGGGUCGGUUUCUUCAUUCAUCCAUAA